AUGUUCCUUGCUAAAGCUUUGCUGAGUGGAGGAAGCAGUAGUGGUCGUGGAGGGAGCCUUGCACGUGGCCUCGGAGGUCUCCUAACAGGAGGUGGGCAUGGAGGGAAUCUUGGAGGACUUGUUGGAGGUCUUGUCAAUCUUAUAAGUGAAGCAGCAGCUCAGUAUAAUCCAGAGCCACCUCCGCCUCCUCGCAAUCAUUUUACAAAUGUGGAAGCUUACGAGAGUGAGGAGAUCAGGCAGUUCCGUCGCCUUUUUGCCCAGCUGGCUGGAGAUGAUAUGGAAGUGUGUGCCGCAGAACUGAGGGACAUCCUUAACAAAGUGGUUUCCAGACAUCAAGACCUGAAGACAGAUGGCUUCAGCUUAGACACAUGCCGUAGCAUGGUAGCUGUCAUGGACAGCGACACAAAUGGCAAACUGGGCUUUGAAGAGUUUAAGUACCUAUGGAACAACAUCAAGAAAUGGCAAUGUGUAUACAAGCAGUACGAUACCGAUCAGUCAGGCACUGUUGGGAGAGCUCAGCUGCCAGGCGCCUUGAAAGCUGCCGGGUUCCACCUGAAUGAAGAACUCUGCCACGUAAUCGUGCGCAGAUACGCCGACAACGAUGGUAGCAUGGAUUUCAACAACUUUAUUAGCUGCUUGGUACGUCUAGACAGCAUGUUCCGGACCUUCAAGGCUCUAGACCAAGAUGGAGACGGACAAAUCAAAAUGACCAUUGAAGACUGGCUGCAGCUGACCGUGUAUUCGUGA